GUUAACGGGUAACUAUCAGUGUUAACGGGUAACUAUCAGAGUUAACGGGUAACUAUCAGUAACUAUCAGUGACUCAGUGCUCGUGACGUCACAGCCCUCCCCGCUCCUGAUUGGCUGACUCUGGAGCUUAGCCCCGCCCUCUUCUUCCGGCUCCGCUGCUGCUGAACGGAGGAGACACCGACACGAGCUAACGGGCUAACGGCUAACGAGCUAACGGGCUAACGAGCUAACGAGCUAAAGCUUGUUAUUUGACUCCUGUGGUGAAACAUCUGGCCGGCGGCCUCAGCAGGAGCCGUCCCCCGUCCUCAGCAGGGACAGCUGGACCCGUCGGUCCAUGAAGACCUGGUGAGGGCCCCUGUGUGACCCGGUCCAGCUCUCUGGAGGGUCAGGAGCUAAGACCUGAUCCUCAUAAUAAUCCUCUUAGCGGUCUAAGUUUGGAGAGACCGUCGCCAUGAUGCAGCUGUCCGAGUCCUACACCCAGAGGAACUCGCUCUUCAGCGCCAUGAGCCGCUUCAUCGGCGCCGUCAACAACAUGGACCAGACCGUGAUGGUGCCCAGUCUGCUGCGGGACGUCCCGCUGGACCACCAGGACGCCAGGCCCGAGACCGGCGCCGCCCACCUCCCCGAGGACGGAGACAUGUACGGGUCCUACGUGCUGCUGAAGUCCAUCCGGGACGACAUGCAGUGCGGCGUCCUGCAGGGGGACGAGCGGCGCCGGGAGAAGACCGGGACCGAGGACCAGGACCUGGAGACCCAGUUCCACUUCCACCUGAGAGGACUCCAGGCGGUUCUGUCCAAACUCACCUGCCGGGCCGACACGCUGACGAGCCGCUACAAGCAGCAGAUCGUUCACUUCUAGAACUGUUCUGUGUUUUUAUACAAUAUAUAUAUGAAUGUGUUUUAAUAUCUUUAAACUGUUCGUCAUCAUUCAUCAAUAUCUCUCCCUGUUUUAUAUGAUGCACCGAUAAUAAACGUGGUUCUGAUCAGGAUCAAUACCAAUCAAUAAACGACUCAGGAAUCACUUUGUUUUUUAUGAAAUAAAUUGUUUCUCAUGAAAACAAGAAGAAACAGAAUCAAUGUCUCCCUGA